AUUAUAACUUCUUACUUCAGAUGCAAACUGAGUGCAGGGUAAAAUAUUUUUAGAUUACUGAAAUUGCCUUUAAACCAGCAGUCCCUUUGCUCUUUCCUUAUGUGUCUUGGAAACUAAUAAUUUCAGAUGUUAUAUUUUAUUCAUUUGCUGCCUGUCAGAAUUUCAGAUAUACCCUUGUGAAAGCUCUGAAUCUGUUACCUUUUGAAGGAUAAUAGCAGUUUAGGUUUAUGGGGAAAGUAAAUUACACCAAAAUAAUUUCUUUGCACUUGGGCUCUGUUUUGAUCACUUUAUCAUGAUUUUAUGUAUAUAAAUUCUGUGGGUAUAUGACACACACUUGGUAAAUCUUCAGAACAAAGAUCCUAUGGUCUCUCUGCUUCCUGAUGACUGGAAAUGUACAUUCUUUCUUAUUUGAAAAGUCUGUGCAUCUAAGAUAAAAUGGUACUAAAAUUGAGUAUGCACAGAACAGUAAUUAGAGCUGAAUUUCUAAUUAUAAUUUUAAAGGAAUCUCAUACUCUUGUGCAUUGUAAAAUUCUACUUUGGCAUUGCAUGGAUGAUGCAAAUUGCAUAGAACAAGGCUAUCAUAUCCUGUAAUUUAGUUACAGCCCUGAUUACAUUCAUGAUAGUUUAGGUAGAAAUUACAGUUUACAAGAGGAAAGUUCAGUGUCAAUGCUGAUACAACGUUAGGUGGGAUAUGAGGUAUUUGGAUUUUUUUUUUUUCAAGUAGAUGUGAAUUUGGUGUUUCCUUCCCAUACUUGAGGUAUCUAAAUGCUCCUUUCAAAGCAAAGAGGUACUGAUAGCUCAGUGACUGUGUAGGCAAACAUGUCAGCAUUUAAAGCUCAAUAAUAACUUGCGUACCUCGGAAGGAUAUUAGAACCUGCUUUAUUCAUAGAGGAAUAUUGGCCAGGCUUAACUGUUUCAGAAAAGAGUACAGGACAUAAUGUAUUUACUUUCUACCUGGCUAGCUACCGGAAGGCAGAAAAGACAUUGAUUCAACAUCUUACAUGAAGAUAACCUUUCUAAGGGACACAUCUUCACUACAAGACAAAUAAUUAACUGUUUCCUGUCUGACUGAGGAGCAUGUGUGUUACAACACUUUUUAAUGUUGUUGGUAUGUAAGAAAACAGUCUAUAACUUUUGCAAAAAAAAACAAACAAAAACCCCAAACACCUUUUGUUAAAAAAUAAAAAAGAUGCUAAGUGACAAUGCUAUAGGUACUUACUGCAUCAUUUUAAACAUCCCCUCCUCCCCCCGCCCCAAAUUUUACCACACAGUAAUAAAUAUGCUCUUCUUAACUGUAAAAUGCAUAUUUGAUCACAACACAGUAGCCUCCACUCUACCCCCUACCCCUAUAUUAUUCUUUCAUCAGUAAUCUCAAAAUACUAACACACAAUCUUAAAAGAAAUAAAAAUAUAAGAACUACAUGUACAUAUUGAUCAGCCUCAAAUGCAAUCCACGUACACACUUUUACUGUAAAUUUGAUAACGUUACACCUUUUUUAAACUACAUAUGCAGCAUUAUUCUUGAGGAACAGAAAGUAUACUUCAGCAUAAAAAUAUUUACUGAUAAGUCUCAUUUAACAGCAUAUCUUCAAAGAAAAUAUUUAGAUAGUGCAAUCAUUUAUCACUGCCCUUCUUCUCCCCCCCGCCCCCCCGAUUAGAGUUCAGGUUACAAUAUAGUGAAAUACACAUUUCUUCAUACUUAAUAAACACACACUUUGCACUUAAUAUGUGGGCAGUGUAAAAUUUAUGAUUACCUUAACUACUAAUUUCCUUAGUUUUUAGGGUGCUUGGAUUUUGUAAAUGAUGUGGUGGAUAGCUAUGUUGUCACUUAACAACACUGACUGUUUUUCAAAACUAAGGGUUUGUUUUUGUUUAUAGAGCUGUGUUUUCCUGUCCACGUCAGCAAUACAAAGUAUUGUAAUACAGAUACCCCUACUAAAGCAGAGCGCUGUGCUAGUAUGCUGUUUUUCCUGUAGUGUAGGUGAGACAAUAUCCCCCUGAAAACGCAUUUGAGUGCAGGGCUCUGGUUCGCCAGUUGACUCCACACAUGCAGUCCCAAUUGCAAGAUUGGGGCCCAAAUCUGUAUAAUUCCAGCCAUAAGGAUAUUCCAAUAUAAUAACUGUAAUUAGUGUAGUAAGUGAUUAAAUGUAGUGAACGUUACAUUUGCUAAUUUUGACAUCAAUAAUCAAAAGAAAACUGACAGGACUGCAGUUCUAAUGAUAUAUUUUAACUAGGCAUUUUAUUUUUGUUUAAGCUGUGUGUGCUUAGAUGUUCAAUUUAGCAGUCAUUCAUGGAGAGAAUCAACAGGACUUGAAAUGUCAAAUUUUUUCUUUAGUAAUUGCAGCAUCUCACAAAUUUGUGAUCUUUGUUUUGCUUUUAAAUAUGGUUACUCAGCGUGCUUCCAUUUUCUUCUCCCUCCUAAGUCUGUCCUUCUCACAUUCCCUCCAGUGCACAGGGCCUGGUUGCAAUAUUCAUUGGUGUUUAUAAAGCCACAGCACUGUUAACAGUCUUCUUUCUAGCUGUCCCUUUUGCCGGUUUUAGCAAUUGAUCCAGCAGUGGGAGCUGGCUCAACAGUACAUGACUAUGCUCUUUCCUUUACUCUUUUGGCAUUUGCUGCAAAUCUGUAAAUGUUAUGCUCUGUCACACUUUUUAAAGAAGUUUGAUAAUUGUCUCUCCUUGUGUGUAUUCUCUUUAGCCUUAUGAGAUGAAGAGAGUUGAGACUUGAAAUCUGAGUCAGCAGAAGGAAUUAUCUGGCUUGACUAGCACAGGUGGUCAAACUCUGCAAGUUAUAUUUGGUUCUGGAAAGAAGAAAUAGAUCAUAUUAGAGAAAAUUCCUUAGUUUACAGAAAGUCUAUUCCUGUGCAGGACAUGUAUACCUCUGAGAAAUCUUUUCCAAGAAGAUACCUUGGUUCUAUACCUGUCUCGGGCUAUAUGCAAAGAAGUUUCCAGUCAUGAAUUCAGAUGCCGAGCAGGAUGCUGCUAUCAAACUUGCCCAAGAACGAGCUGAGAUAUUUGCCAAGUAUGACAAAGGACGAGAGGGUGCCCAGAUUGAACCUUGGGAAGAUGCAGACUACCUUCUAUACAAAGUCACAGAUAGAUUUGGUUUUCUACAUUCAGAGGAGCUUCCUUUUCAUGAUGCAGCAAUAGAAAGGCAAAAGCACCUUGAAAUUGAAAGAACUACAAAAUGGCUAAAAAUGCUGAAAAGCUGGGAAAAAUACAAGAACAGCGAAAAGUUCCAUAGGAGAAUUUAUAAAGGAAUCCCACUGCAGCUGAGAGGUGAAGUCUGGUGUUUACUACUUGAUGUCCCUAAAAUGAAAGAAGAAAUGAAAGACUUUUAUAAUAAAUUAAAACAUCGAGCACGGGGGUCUUCACCAGAUAUCAGGCAAAUCGAUCUUGAUGUAAAUCGAACAUAUAGGGAUCAUAUCAUGUUUAGAGACAGAUAUGGUGUUAAGCAACAAUCCUUAUUCCAUGUUUUAGCUGCAUAUUCGAUAUAUAAUACGGAGGUUGGAUACUGUCAGGGAAUGAGCCAGAUCACAGCUUUACUCCUCAUGUACAUGAAUGAAGAAGAUGCCUUUUGGGCCCUGGUGAAACUACUCUCAGGUCCUAAACAUGCUAUGCAUGGCUUUUUUGUUCCUGGUUUUCCAAAACUGUUGCGGUUUCAAGAACAUCAUGAGAAAAUAUUGAAGAAGUUUUUGUCUAAACUUAAGCAACACUUUGACUCCCAGGAGAUUUCCACUAGCUUUUACACAAUGAAGUGGUUUUUUCAGUGUUUCCUUGAUCGUACUCCCUUUACAUUAACUCUCAGGAUAUGGGAUAUCUACAUACUUGAAGGAGAGCGAGUUCUCACUGCUAUGUCUUACACAAUUCUGAAACUACAUAGAAAACAUCUGCUGAAAUUACAAAUGGAAGAACUUGUGGAAUUUCUUCAGGAGACUCUAUCGAAGGAUUUCUUCUUAGAAGAUGACUUUGUAAUAGAGCAGCUCCAAAAUUCGAUGUCUGAACUGAAACGAGCAAAGGUGGAUCUACCAGCAGCUGGUAAAGAAGAUGAAUUUCCAAAGAAGCCAUUGGGACAAAUUCCAUUGGAACCUCAGCCUGCCAUGCUUAAUCUUACUCGUAUGCUCAAUGGACAGAGCAACACUAGUAUUUCAAGAACACAGACAGCAAGAAGGACAGAAAGGAGACUAUCUCCUGAAAAAGUACAAGAAAAUUCACCAAAUAACCGAAGAAGAAUUAAUUUACUGGAAAGGAAGCCUUCUUUAAAACAACAAAAGCCUGGACCAGUAGACCAGAGUGGGCUAUCUAAGAAUGACGUAAAUAUCAGAAAAAAGCCUCAGUCAACAGUACAAGACAAUUCUAGACAAUAUAACAAUGCAGCUGCUAACCAAAAUUCUAAUGCUACUUCAGAUUCAAGAAGGGAAUUUGUACCUAAAUGGAAUAAACCUUCAGAUAUCAAAGUUAUUGAAAAGACUACAAAACUUACUGUGGAGAUAAAAGGUAGGUCAGUAAACCAUGCUAUUUCAGGUACGCCACCAAGUCCUGGUAAAUCACAGCCAUUGAAUGUAAAGCAAAAGAUGAGAGAUUUGGAUGUUGAUGAAGGUAAGCGAGGGUCUAACGCAUCGCAGUAUGACAAUAUUCCAGGUGUUGACCAUGAGAAUCCUGUUGAGGAGAUGCUAGAAAGAGCUCAUCCGCAAAUUCCCAGGAAUGUAACAUACUCUAGUAGUCCUAGAAAGCAAGGUGCAAAAAUUCCUGGCCCACUAAAAAUAUCCAACAAUUAUGCCAUCAGUUCCCAACCGAGAAGCCCAAGAUAUUCAUCUCAGUCUGAUGGGUCAGAUCACAGAUCAAGUGUUAAACAACCACCACCAUCUUAUAGUAACCCAUCUAUGUACCAUGGAAACACUCCAAAGCAUGCCUCCAGCGCAAUUAGUGCAAGUUUUAUACCUUCACAGUAUAAUCAUGGGAAUCGAACCAACACUUCUGGUAGACCAUAUGAUAUCUUUUCAACAGAUUUUUCUCCAGAUAUACCACAUAUGAACUCCUAUCCUGCCAAUCGCCAAAAUCCUAUUUCUCCACCUUCUAGUCGAAUAGAAGUCUUACCUGUUGAUGCCUAUCCUGGCAACUCUAGAUCAUCUGCAGGUGUCAAAUUUAUAAUUCCUCCAGUGGAUUAUUUGCCAGACAACAGAAAGAGGCUGGAUGCAGUUUAUAUGUAUAGACAUGAGAUAUAUGGGCAGCCCUGGAAACAAGAUGCUAACCAAAGCCAUUUGGGUAAUUUACAGAAGUAUCCAGCCUUUCAGCCAACACCUAUUCAGGACCAUAAUCUUCCAACUGUUUCCGUGGAUAGUCCAAUAAGAUAUAGGACUUCACCAACCUUGGAAGAACAUGGUUCAGCACAAUAUCAAUAUUCAGGCCCACCAGCCCCUGCCCAACACUACAGAAACCAAAAUGAUGGGAUGUCUAUGCAUGAAUCAGUGCUUCUGUGAGAAUCAAUCAAUGCUAACGAAAGAGCAAGAGCUGAAAACAUUAGAUAUAUAUUGCUGUGUUUAUAAUUGUCCAAGUCAGUAUUUUAUAAAGAAUGUGGGCAGUUCAUGCAAUUCUCUGAUAAAGUAGUAACAUUAUUUCAAAGCAGUUUUAAACUUUGGCUGAAAGGUAGUUGAGUUUUUAAACUUGCAUUGAACCUGUUGAAAGGGAUCUGAUGCACAUAAACAUAGCAAUAGUGGUAGAGUCAUCUGCAAAUUGUGUCUAACACUACCAUGUUUCUGAAAUUUAAAUAAUUUGCACAGAGCUAUGAUCUUUCUGCCUAGCAACUGUAACACAUUUGCAAGCUGUAUUUUGACUGACAUUAGAAUGCAGUAAGUGUGCUUGUGCAAGUACACAACCAUUUACAUGGAGAAGAACUAAAGAGACUAAAAUGUAGAUGCAUUUACUCUUGGGCUAGGUUAGUGAAAUACUUUUAUUUCAGUUUAAUUAUUUUCUUUGUAAUUUAUUUGAUAAAUGACCCAUUCAUUUUGGAUGGCCUUCCCUGUCUUUGUAUACAAACUGCCUCAGUAACCCAGGAUCUGAUUGAAGUUGGAGAGAUACUCUGGGUUGUUAAUGUAAUCUUACAUGGGAUGCUAUUUCCCAGUUAAUCUCCAUUCCUUUGGCUGCUAUUUUGCCUUUCCCUCAGCCAGAAGGAACAGACAAGCAAAACCAUGGAGCCAAAAAGGGUAUCACUCUAUUCUGGCCCACAAAUGGUGCUUAAAAUCAGGGCAGUCUGAGCGUAGCAAGUCUUUAGGGUAUGGGUGAACUUUCAGCACGGAAUCUGUACCUUUGUACCCAAAUCCAAUGUUGCAAAGCAAUGCUUUGUGUUCCCAUUUAAGUCCUCUGAACUAUUUGAGCACAACGUAUACAAUGCUAGAAGCAGAAACUGUGUUGCAUUCUCAUGGUGUGCAGCUUCCCAUGGGGUCUAACUUAGCAAACCAGUCAUAGUGUGAGCUGGAUUACCAAACAGUCCUCUUAUUGGUACAAGAGAAUUGCCCGUCACUUGAAAAUUGGGGGCAGAAUAUGGGGAUUGUGUAGCUAUUUUGACCCUCUUUGUGUGACGUAGGGUUGCCAACCCUGCAGGAUUGUCAUGGAGUCUCCAGGAGUUAAAGAUGAAUCUUCAAUUAAAGAUUGUCAUGUGAUGAAAUCUCCAGGAAUACAUCCAACCAUAAUUGGCAAACCUAGUGCUAUAUGCAUGCAUUCAGUGCUCUUUCCCACGAGCUCGAUAAUGUCAGUUCAAUGACAUGUUUUGCUUUUGCCCUCCUUUUUCCAGAAAGCAAUAGGUUCAUAUCCAGGGUUGGGCAAGUGCUGCUGCACUGUCAGGCUAUUGAGAGAUUAUGCGAUGGGCAACCCUGACUGUUAAUAAGAAGCUUAAUAGACUCUUUGUAAUUAAAUAUUUUUUUAAAUUAGUGUUUGCAGCCUUUUGUACUCUACAUUCUCCUCGGCUUUCAUCCACUGUGAAAAGAAAAAAAUUGCAGAUUAAGUGGCGUACUUGGGGUGCAGGCUUGUGAGCUGCUGAAUGUAGGAAUUACUAAGCACUCUGAACUCUCACUGAAGUUAAUGAGAGCUGAGGGUGACAGGCCUCUUGCAAGACUGAGUCCUUAGAGCUUUUAACAGAAAAGAUUUAUAAUACUUAAAUACCAAAACACUGGUAGGUUCUGGGACACUUAAAAAUCAGUCUUUGUUUGGGGAGGUUUUUGUCAUUUGCAUUUUCUUGGGGUGAGUUAGUUGAGUACAUUGAACACUAGAAAAUAGAUAAAUUUUUCUGUUAAAGAAGGAGCUGUAGUGCCUAUUCUUGCUGCAGGUUAGCCGUCUAGGUUUUAAGGUACAAAAGUCAAUUUAAAAAAAAAAUGGAAGUAACAUUUAGUAUAUUUCACACACUUCUUUUGUGUAUAUAAUGAGCGGUGUAAUUUUUAAUGAACUGGGCAGUUUUAUAUUUUAAAGAUUGCAAACUGCAGUGAAGUAACAGUAGCUAAGCACUACACUGAAAAACUCUAAACUGAAAUUGAGAUGAUGAAUAUUACUUGGGCUUACCUUGGUUCUGAUUGCUUAUAGCAGCUUAGCAAUGUAUGUAUAUAAUGUGGUUAAGUGUAAUAAUCACAAAGUUUUAACCAUGGUUCUGUGAUUCAUAAUAAAUAAAGCUGUACAAUUUACUUUGUGCUAGCAGCCUGGGACUGCUCCAAAAUAUGUAUCAACACUAGUAAAUACUGUAGAUUUUUAUAUAUAAAAUAUAUACACACUAUUUUCUUAUGUCAUCUGCAACAGUUUUUUAACUGUGUAUUCUAUUUUGAUGUGGUUGCAUUUUUAACAUGUAUAAUAAUAAUAAUAGUAGUAAUAAUAAUAAUAAUAAUAAAGUCUAUGUUGUGUCUUUUUUA